CGCAAAGCACACUGGGCAUUUCCCCUUCUCCCCUGCCGAGAGCAAUUCUUGUGGGGGCGGAUUGGUAUCGCCGCAAUGUACACGAGGAGGUUCAGGACUAAACUUCAGAGAUGGGGAUCGGUUUUCUAUCACCGCCGCAAUAAUGGGUUUGGUGCCCGACGCUAUGUAUUGACCCCUGAGGCUUCGGCGAGCGAAUUCGCUCCGUCGCUCUCUGCUCUGCUCUGGAGAUGCCUGUACAGCCCAAAUGGUUCCGGGCGGCUGCAUUUGUCGUCCUGCGGAGCCAAUUCGGAGUUUUCCCGGCGGAAUUUCGGGUCUUUCAGGUGUUUGAAUGGUGGGUCUGUCGUGGGCUUCUCGAGCGUGGCGGAGAGUGCCAAGAACGAUGAUGAGGAUGGGAAAGAUAACGGCUCGUGUGGUGGCGACGAGAAAGGGUCCAGGCUCGGGGCGGCGUCUUGGGUCGACUUGUAUUUGCCGAGGAAGGCGAGGCCUUACGCUCACCUUGCUCGCCUGGAUAAGCCUAUUGGGACUUGGCUGCUUGCUUGGCCUUGUAUGUGGUCAAUCACGCUGGCAGCAAACGCAGGAAGCCUUCCUGAUCUUAAGAUGUUGAUGCUUUUUGGUUCUGGAGCUUUGCUGUUGAGAGGUGCUGGAUGCACUAUCAAUGACCUCCUUGAUAGGGACAUUGAUGUGAUGGUGGAACGAACAAAGUCCCGGCCAAUCGCAAGUGGUCUUUUGACACCAUUUCAAGGGCUUUGUUUCCUUGGGUUUCAAUUGCUUUUAGGUCUUGGAAUUCUUCUACAGUUGAAUAAUUACAGCCGUAUACUGGGAGCUUCUUCUUUGUUGCUUGUCUUCUCCUAUCCCUUGAUGAAAAGGUUCACGUUUUGGCCACAGGCCUAUCUAGGUUUGACUUUCAAUUGGGGAGCUUUACUCGGAUGGACUGCUGUUAGAGGAAGUUUGGAUCCUUAUGUCGUGCUUCCUCUAUAUUUUUCUGGAGUUUUUUGGACUCUUGUGUAUGACACUAUAUAUGCACACCAGGAUAAAGAAGAUGAUGUUAAAGUGGGUGUAAGAUCAACGGCAUUGAGAUUCGGAGAUUUGUCGAAGGAAUGGAUUUCUGGCUUUGGAAUCGCUUGCAUCAGCAGCCUUGCACUCUGUGGAUAUAAUGCUGAUAUUGGAUGGCCAUACUAUGCAUUUCUUAUUGCUGCUUCUGGACAUAUAGCGUGGCAGAUAUCAACAGUUGAUCUAUCAUGCCGUGCCGAUUGUAACCGAAAAUUUGUGUCCAACAAGUGGUUUGGAGCCCUUGUAUUUGGAGGAAUUUUGUUUGGAAAGCUUGCAACGUAGAGCCACCUGCAGUUUCAUGUUACAAAAUUACAAUCCUCGAGUAGUGUUUCAGGCAACCUCUUUGAUUGGUUCAUUGCAAGAGAGGUGUUAAACUGCUCGAACAUUGAUGUCUUCUGCUCUUCAGACUUGCUGAGGUGACUCUGAAGCUGGUCUAGUAAGCUUAAGUACAUUUUCUGUAUCAAAAAUUUCCAUGUAAUGUGAUGAAAACACCCUCACCACAACCCCAGGUGGGAAGAAAAGGAGGGAGAAAGAGGGAGGGAG